AGCGCGUUAACCCCUUUUCCCUCCCUAUAAAUGCUCCCCGGGGAACCUGUUCCUGGGAGGGAAAAAGUGUCGGCUUACUUGUUACUACUACUACUACUGCUGUUAUUUGCGCUUUAUAGCUGCUACUGCUGUUUUAUUUGAGAGAGAAGAAGUCGUUAAUGGCGGAACCGGAAAAGUUGAGCGGUUCCACCAAGGAAAACGAAAAAAGCAUGGGGAGAGAACAGAUGAACGAAGUUAAGGAGAUGUUCAACAAGUUCGACACUAAUGGCGAUGGCAAAAUCUCGGCGUCCGAUUUAGGCAACAUUUUGAACAUGCUAGGUUCGAAAACGUCGCCUGACGAAGUUAAACGAAUAAUGGAGGAGAUCGAUACCGACGGCGACGGUUUCAUCGACUUGAAGGAGUUCGAGGUGUACUUCGCUGGCGUGAACCAGACCGCAAACAACAAGGAACUUCGCGACGCCUUCGACUUGUACGAUAAGGACAAGAACGGGAAGAUCUCGGCGAACGAGUUGCAUUCGGUCCUCAAAAGUAUCGGUGAGAAGUGCUCGCUCAGUGAUUGCCGUAAGAUGAUCAGAUCCGUUGAUGUGGACGGCGACGGCUGCGUUAACUUUGACGAGUUUAAGAAGAUGAUGGGAGGGAGUACUUGAUUAACUAAUACUAGCAUCUUCAUGAUUAACUGCAGAUUUAGGAUCUUAAAUCACUUCGCCCUAAUCAUUUUUAUCCUUUGAUCUUCUCUCCCGUAGAUUCUCCUUUUAAUAUUGCUUUCGUUUUCGUUUUUUUUUUCUUUUUUGUUGUUAUUUUGGGAGGGAAAAUUGAGAAAGCCGGUGCUGUUGAUUGCUGUUUGACCACUGAAGCAAUAUAGGUAGAGUAAUGGUUUGUAGUUAGUAUUUGAACGUGGAAGCAGCAAUAAUGGCGGUGGAAUUAUUAUCAUCUUUGACAAUUACUGCAAAUAUUUGGUUGGCUUGCGAUAAGUUGUGCUGUUGUUGAUUUAAUUAUUGUCGAGUGGUGUGGAGGCCAAAAGUGUAGAGCACAAGAAAAGUGUGUGUGUGGUUCACUUCACGAAGACUUCAUGUAGAGCAGUACCAAUCGAUGCCAUGCUCCACACGGAGGAGGAGGAGGAGGUUGUGUUGUGUGCGAGUGUAUUAAUCCAUACACGCGUUUUUCUUCCUUUUCACUUGCAGCUUUCAACUUCAACAUCGAUAAAUCUUCAACUUGUGAUUUGAGGAUAGAAAAAUAUUUUAAAAUUGAAAAUUCAACUUGUGAAUUACUCCAA